AUGUUUUCAAGAUAGAAGUCAGGAGAUAACUUCAUCUUAAAUAAAUAUAAUAACACUCAUGAGCAGAGCAGCGCAUUGUAUACAUUUCAUAAACCAUACUAGUCAUAAGUUACAUCAGAUUCAAUGCUUGGAUCAUCUAAUAUGCAAUAAAUUAACAAAUAAUAGCCAUAAUUAAACUAGCAAAUGCAAUAAAAUAACAGAAAAAGCUACAAUGCAAUUUCUGCCUAAAGUGCUGAUUAUGCUUCUUAGCAAUCAUUAGGAUCAAAAUAAGUCAUAUAAAAAUCUUAAAAUGAACUUUUAGAGUAGGAUGUUAAUAUUAGUGAUAUUCCUAGUUAAGGUGCACCUUCACUAAUCGAUUUUAACAUAUUAUAAAGAAAUGGAGGCGAAGACCAUAAAACUAAAUCAAUAAAUAUAUUAACAGUAGGAAGCGAGUUGAGUCAAAAUUAAAUAGGUAAUCAAAAUGUUAUGAAUAGCAGUAACUCAAUUACAAACUAAAGCACCUCUUAAUCCAAAUAGAUUUAGCAAUAAAACUAAGCUUAGAAGAAAGUUAAAAGCAAUAUUUUUGCAAAAUAAUUCGAAUAGCAACAUCUUUAGUAUUAGUAGCAGCAGCAGCUAGCAUCUCAAUAUAACUCGUAAUCAAGCUCCAGUAAUAUAUAAAACAAGCAAUAAAUAUAAUAAAAUUAGUAAAGCAAUCAGUCUAUAGUGCCUCCAAAUAUUAAUUUAAAUGCAAAAGUAAACAAAAACUCUCUAAACAAUGUAAUAGGACUAGGUUAAAAAACAAGUACUACUAGCACUCCUUAAAAUAUUUCAAGUGGUUUAGCUAAAUCAGAUAAAAGUUUAAAUUAGCCUUUAUAAAACUCAACAUUUAAGUCUAUGAAAAGAGAUGUAAGUCCCAUAAAAAAUGCUCCUUAUUAGUUAAAUAAUAAUAUUGAAGAUAAUUAAAAGAUUGCUUAUAUUUCAAGUAGCAUUGCGAAUCCAUCACUUUUAGUGUAGUCAGGAUAAUCUACAAGCAGCAAUCAGAAAGCUCAAAUAUAAAAAUAAAACAGUUUUAGUGAAUAAUUUAAUAAGUAGCCUUCAAAUUUGAUAAAUUAAAUACUUCCAGCAGGAUAAACUUAGAGCUUUAUAAUAAAUGGCUAGUAUACAAACGCUCCUGUUUUAAGCAAUAGCACUUAUAAUGGAGUUUAACUGUAAUAUGCUCCUUCUAUAUCAACUAGCUGCUCUAAUUUAUCUAAAUCCUAAAAAACAUAAAGCACAUAUGAUUAGUAUUUAGUAAAACAUAAUGAUUCAAAACCUUAAAGCAAAAAUUCAAUAGAAAAUAUAGGUGGGCUUAACAAUAACAGCAAUUAAUAAAAUAAACCUAAUAAGUAUGGAAUUUAGUAAGGAAAAAAAUCAAGUUACACAUCGUUCAGCAUAAACGGAGGAAACACAAAUUCUUAAGAUUUUAAUAAUGCACAAUAGCUUUACUUUUAAGAGAAAUCACCUUCAUAGACUGCUAAUAAUAAUGGAAAUACUUAAAUCAAAGCUAAUGGGCAUAGAAGAUAAAAUAGCUAUUCUCAUAAAAGUAGUAAUGUAGCAACUGAAAAUGAUGAACAAAUUGAGGAUUACAAUGUAUAAUCCCAUCAAAAUCUAAAUUUAUCUGUUGGUGUAAAGAAUGAGCAACAAAGAUCGAUCGUUAACUUUUAAGAGGAAAUAUAAAAUUAAUUUGGUAAUUUGAAUAACAAUAUUUCAAGUAGCAGCUAAAAUGCUGAUUCUAUUGCUUAAAGAAUGUCUUCUUCUUCUUAAUCAACAGUACAAAAAUAAUUUAGUAAUUCAAGGGAAUAAUAAAGUAAAAAGGAGCAUUUUGGAUUUAAUAACAAAAUAAGCUUUUACAAUAAUAAUAGUAGCAAUCUUUAAAAGUAAAAAGGCUAAAAUAGUUCAUAUGGCAUCAAAGAAAGUAUUGACAUUUAUAAAUAGAAUGCAAAUAAUGCAACAUAAGUUAAAAGUAAAAAUACAUAAUCAACUAUAUAAAGUAAUCAUAGCAUGAGUAAGUCAUUAUAUGAUAAAAAUUAAUUUAGCAACGGAAAAUUUGAAUGGAGACAUAAAACAGAAUAAAAUGAUGAGGAUAAUGAUUAAUUAGCAGCAUAAACUUAUGCUAUAAUUAGUGGUUAGAGUAGUACUAAUAAAAUAGUAGAUGAAAUAAGUAAAGAUCAAUAAAAUAAUAUGGAAUAAUAAUAAAUAUAACAUCAUCAUCAAUAAUAACAAUAACAACAACAAUAAUAAUAUUAACAAAAUUCUCAUUAAAAUUUAUAAAUAAACUAAAAUAGCCUAAAUACUUCUAAAAAUUAAUAAUAAUAAAAUAAAUUAAAUGGUUUUUAAAGCUAACACUAAUAAAGUUUUGAUAAAUAAUUUUUAAAAAAAAAUUUUACUAACUAUGUUUUAAAUUAAAAUCUUUCCAAUAAUCAAAAAUAAUAAUUUAAUUAAUAAUGUCCUGAGUAGCUGGUAAACCUAAAUUCUAAUUAAUUUUCUUCAAAGUCUGCUAUGCCAUCCCCUGGUUCUAAUAACAUAGUUCAAAGAAUGUAAAAAAAUAUAUUCUUUACAAAAUAAAAUAGUAUUAAUGAUGAAUCAAUAAAUACAUCAGAGAAUUAAAUGAAAAAUUCUUUAGAUAGCAUUACUAUUUAAUAAGGUAAAACAUUAGAAAAGCCUAGCUUAUUUAAAGAAAAUUUUCAAAACAAUUUUUAAAACAAAACUAAAACUGAAGAAUCCAACAGCAAAGUGGAGUCUUAGUUAUCUUAAAAAAACUCAAGUUUCAAUUCUAAAAAACCUCUCUCAUUUGUAUUGUCGUAUGAUAGUUAAUUGAUAAGUAACAAUUAUUACUAUAAUUAAGCAUCACCUGCAAAUAAUACUUAAAUAUAAAUGGGAUUCGAAUAAAAAUUAGAAAUGUCCAAUCCUGUUAAUAAAAAUAUAUCUAAUUACUUAACAUCAACAGAAGAAAAACAAGAAAGUAAACCUAUUAAUAAUUAGCAAUAGUAGUAAUUAAGUUAGAUUAAUUAAUAAAGUAAAGAAAAAUAUUCUUAAUAAUCACCAUAAUAAUUAUCAGGUGCUCAAGAUCAAGAAUAAAUAAAAAGUCUUUACUAUAACUUACAAAAUUAAAAUAAUUAAUUUAUAUUAAAUUAAUAAAUUGAUUAAGGUAAAUAGUAGUAAGGCCUUAGUUCCCUUAAUGAUUUAUAAAUCAAUAAAAGCAUUAAAUUAAAUGAUUAGCAGUAAUUAACACAAAGCUUAAAUAUAAACACUGAAUAUACUCAAAUAUAAAAUCAAAUAGAACAUACAUCAAUAAAAGAAGCUAAAUAGCAAAAUUUUGAAGAGCAAAACAGAAUAUCUUAGUCUCAAUAAAAAAAUUAAAUGAACAAACUUAAUAACUCCUCAAAAAUAUAAAAUAAAGUUCAAAGCGUAUCUGAAGAUUCUCAAGAAUAAAAUAGCUUUUAAUAGAGAAAGAAAUCUUAAAGUAAUCUAUUAAAUAUUCCUUUAAGCUCUUUAGACUAAUAAGAUAAUAAGGAAGAAGAUACAAAUAAUGGUUUAUAUAGUUCUGCAGAGUAAUUCAAAAUGAGAAAUAAAAUUCAUGAAAAGGCUAUAAACAGAGUGAAUAUCACUCUAAAAUAAAGUAAAAAAAGAAAUAAAAGUAAUAAUUCUAAAAAUUUAGAGGAUAGUUAAGAUGAUAGUGGAAGUGAUGGUUCCAUGAGUGAGUUAAAUACAUCUAAAUCAAGAGCACCAAUAGGUACACUGACUUAAAGUAACCCAAUCACACCUUCAAAUUAUAAUAAGCAGAAUAGACAUGGUUCAAUGGAUAAUUUAGAUUCUUAUUCUAAUAGUGUUCAAAAUAACUCGAACCAAUAUAAUGCUUAUGUAUAAAGUGACUUACAAAAGGGGCAAAGAUCAGAAGAUUUAAAAUAAGAGUAACUCGCAGACAAUUCUUAGAGAAAUUUUCACUAUAAGACACCUUCAGAUACAAGCACAUUUAUAAAAUAAUUAUAUCAAGAUGAAGCAUACAGAAAAAAAUCUCCUUCAAAAACAUCUGCUCAAUAUUGUAAAAAUAUUACAAAAAACUAAUACCAUUUGAAUUAAAAUAACUAGAGCUUAUCAAAAAAAUAAGAUAAGAGUUAAAGUUCUUUUAAUGGCUCUAAAACAUCUAUAUAAGGAUCAAUACAAUGUUCUGCUAAUGAGGACACGAAAAUUAUAAAUGGAUCUGCUUCUUUAAACAACUAAGAUUAAAAUAAACAAGCUAAUAAAAAUUUUAUUUAAGUCACACAAGAUAAGUAAAUUGAUAUUGAAGAUCCGAUGGUUUAAAAGGAAUUCUCAUAAAUAGUUAGGAAUCUUCUUAGAUUAAAAAAUGAUACAACAAAACUUCACAGCUUAUUAAAUAAGAAUGAAGUUAAAAGCAUGAAUUCUUCUUUAAACGCUAAUUUAACUCAAAAGACCUACAAUAAGCCAGGAAAUAUCACUACAAGCAACUCUCAAUAAUAACAUCAGCAAUAAAAUAAGCAUGACCAACUUUUUGAGAAGUUAUACUAAGAGAUAGUAAAUAAAUUUGAUUUAAAAGAAGCAUCUAAUAACUUGAAUAAUAGUCAUAAUAAUUUAAAUGGGAAUGCUUCAAAUUCUACAAGUUAGUAUAGUUCCUCAAUGCUUAAUUCUCAUCAUUAAUCAACAUCUUCACAAACAUAUUAAUCAAAACAAUUUUGA